UCACUCUAGAAGAGUCAGGCCAAGUGCAAGCACUCAGAGAUAUCUCCCAGCACUCAAAACAGCAAAGAAAUUCUGGUGCUGUAAGUGUUCCUCGCUCAGCUCAGAGACUCGCCUUCCAGCCAUGACUCAAGACAGCACCUGCGGAGAAUUUGUUUCGCCUAAGCCUGCUGCCCUUCCGCGGCCAUUGACUCCGGGAAACUACAAUUCCCAUUAUGCACCGCGACUUCGAGGACUAAACCGGUAUAAACUACAAGCCCCAGAAUGCCUUGGGAGAGAGGCAAGCGCACGGAGGAGCGAAGGGGCGUGGCCACGUCGACCGCGCGGGACCGUUAAAUUUGAAACUUGGCGGCUAGGGGUGCGGGCUUGAGGUGGCUGGUUUGUAAGGGAGUCGAGUGCGUGCCUUGGUCGCUUCUGUAGCUCCGAGGGCAGGCUGCGGAAGAAAGCCCAGGCGGCCUGCGGCCCGGAGGAAAGACCUACAGCAGGACGAGGACCUGAGCCAGGAAUGCAGGAUGGCGGCGGUGAAGAAGGAAGGGGGUGCUCAGAGUGGUAGGAGGUACUUCCUGAAAUUUUCACUCUCAAACGUUUAUUCCUUGAGUUAACCCACCAACACUAUGACUGCAGUCACUCACAGAUUCACGAAAAAUUGGUGAAGCCAUGUCCCUGGAGGGAGAUGAAUGGGAACUGAGUAAAGAAAAUGUACAACCUUUAAGGCAAGGGCGGAUCAUGUCCACACUUCAGGGAGCAUUGGCACAAGAAUCUGCCUGUAACAAUACUCUUCAGCAGCAGAAACGGGCAUUUGAAUCUGAAAUUCGAUUUUACACUGGACAUGACCCUCUGGAUGUUUGGGAUAGGUAUAUCAGCUGGACAGAGCAGAACUAUCCUCAAGGUGGGAAGGAGAGUAAUAUGUCAACGUUAUUAGAAAGAGCUGUAGAAGCACUACAAGGAGAAAAACGAUAUUAUAGUGAUUCUCGAUUUCUCAAUCUCUGGCUUAAAUUAGGGCGUUUAUGCAAUGAGCCUUUGGAUAUGUUCAGUUACUUGCACAACCAAGGGAUUGGUGUUUCACUUGCUCAGUUCUAUAUCUCAUGGGCAGAAGAAUAUGAAGCUAGAGAAAACUUUAGGAAAGCAGAUGCGAUAUUUCAGGAAGGGAUUCAACAGAAGGCUGAACCACUAGAAAGACUACAGUCCCAGCACCGACAAUUCCAAGCUCGAGUGUCUCGACAAACUCUGUUGGCACUUGAGAAAGAAGAAGAGGAGGAAGUUUUUGAGUCUUCUGUACCACAACGAAACACACUAGCAGAACUAAAGAGCAAAGGGAAAAAGACAGCAAGAGCUCCAAUCAUCCGUGUAGGAGGUGCUCUCAAGGCUCCAAGCCAGAACAGAGGACUCCAAAAUCCAUUUCCUCAACAGAUGCAAAGUAAUAGUAGAAUUACUGUUUUUGAUGAAAAUGCUGAUGAGGCUUCUAUAGCAGAGUUAUCUAAGCCUGCAGUCGAGCCAUGGAUAGCACCUCCCGUGCCCAGGGCCAAAGAGAAUGAGCUGCAAGCAGGCCCUUGGAACACAGGCAGGUCCUUGGAAUACAGGCCUCGUGGCAAUACAGCGUCACUGAUGGCUGUACCCGCUGUGCUUCCCAGUUUUACACCAUAUGUAGAAGAGACUGCACAACAGCCAGUUAUGACGCCAUGUAAAAUUGAACCUAGUAUAAACCACAUCCUCAGCACCAGAAAGCCUGGAAAGGAAGAAGGAGAUCCUCUACAAAGGGUUCAGAGCCAUCAGCAAGCAUCUGAGGAGAAGAAAGAGAAAAUGAUGUAUUGUAAGGAGAAGAUUUAUGCAGGAGUGGGGGAAUUCUCCUUUGAAGAAAUCCGGGCUGAAGUUUUCCGGAAGAAAUUAAAAGAGCAAAGGGAAGCCGAGCUAUUGACCAGUGCAGAGAAGAGAGCAGAAAUGCAGAAACAGAUUGAAGAGAUGGAGAAGAAGCUAAAAGAAAUCCAGACUACUCAGCAAGAAAGAACAGGUGAUCAGCAAGAAGAGACGAUGCCUACAAAGGAGACAACUAAACUGCGAAUUGCUUCCGACUCUCAGGAAAUGCCAGGAAUGACUCUAUCCAGUUCUGUUUGUCGAGUAAACUCUUGUGCCAAAGAAACUUCACUUGCAGAGAACAUUUGGCAGGAACAACCUCAUUCUAAAGGUCCCAGUAUACCUUUCUCCAUUUUUGAUGAGUUUCUUCUUUCAGAAAAGAAGAAUAAAAGUCCUCCUGCAGAUCCCCCACGAGUUUUAACUCAACGAAGACCCCUUGCAGUUCUCAAAACCUCAGAAAGCAUCACCUCAAAUGAAGAUGUGUCUCCAGAUGUUUGUGAUGAAUUUACAGGAAUUGAACCCUUGAGUGAGGAUGCCAUUAUCACAGGCUUCAGAAAUGUAACAAUUUGUCCUAACCCAGAAGACACUUGUGACUUCGCCAGAGCAGCUCGUUUUGUAUCCACUCCUUUUCAUGAGAUAAUGUCCUUGAAGGAUCUCCCUUCUGAUCCUGAGAGACUGUUACAGGAAGAGGAUCUAGAUGUAAAGACCUCUGAGGACCAGCAGGCAGCUUGUGGCACUAUCUACAGUCAGACUCUCAGCAUCAAGAAGCUGAGCCCAAUUAUUGAAGACAGUCGUGAAGCCACACACUCCUCUGGCUUCUCUGGUUCUUCUGCCUCGGUUGCAAGCACCUCCUCCAUCAAAUGUCUUCAGAUUCCUGAGAAACUAGAACUUACUAAUGAGACUUCAGAAAACCCUACUCAGUCACCAUGGUGUUCACAGUAUCGCAGACAGCUACUGAAGUCCCUACCAGAGUUAAGUGCCUCUGCAGAGUUGUGUAUAGAAGACAGACCAAUGCCUAAGUUGGAAAUUGAGAAGGAAAUUGAAUUAGGUAAUGAGGAUUACUGCGUUAAACGAGAAUACCUAAUAUGUGAAGAUUACAAGUUAUUCUGGGUGGCACCAAGAAACUCUGCAGAAUUAACCAUAAUAAAGGUAUCGUCUCAACCUGUCCCAUGGGACUUUUAUAUCAACCUCAAGUUAAAGGAACGUUUAAAUGAGGCCUUUGAUCAUUUGUGCAGCUGUUAUCAAUAUCAAGAUGGCUGUAUUGUUUGGCACCAAUAUAUAAACUGCUUCACCCUUCAGGAUCUUCUCCAACACAGUGAAUAUAUUACCCAUGAAAUAGCAGUGUUGAUUAUUUAUAACCUUUUGACAAUAGUGGAGAAGCUACACAAAGCAGAAAUAGUCCAUGGUGACUUGAGUCCAAGGAGUCUGAUUCUCAGAAACAGAAUCCACGAUCCCUAUGAUUGUAAUGAGAACAAUCAAGCUUUGAAGAUAGUGGACUUUUCCUGCAGUGUUGACCUUAGGGUACAGCUAGAUGUUUUUACCCUCAGCGGCUUUCGGACUGUACAGAUCCUGGAAGGACAAAAGAUCCUGGCUAACUGUUCUUCUCCCUACCAGGUAGACCUGUUUGGUAUAGCAGAUUUAGCACAUUUACUAUUGUUCAAGGAACACCUACAGGUCUUCUGGGAUGGGUCCUUCUGGAAACUUAGCCAAAAUAUUUCUGAGCUAAAAGAUGGUGAAUUGUGGAAUAAAUUCUUUGUGCGGAUUCUGAAUGCCAAUGAUGAGGCCACAGUGUCUGUUCUGAGGGAGCUUGCAGCAGAAAUGAAUGGGGUUUUUGACACUACAUUCCAAAGUCACCUGAACAAAGCCUUAUGGCAGGUAGGGAAGUUAACUAGUCCUGGGGCUUUGCUCUUUCAGUGAGCUAGGCAGUGAAGUCUCACAGAUUGCUGCCUCAGAGCAAUGGUUGUAUUGUGGAACACUGAAACUGUAUAUGCUGUAAUUUAAUUUAGGACACAUUUAGAUGCACUACCAUUGCUUUUCUGCUUUUUGGUAGAGGUAUAUUUCCAAGUAACUGACAUUUUUUACACAGUGAUAUGCUUACUCAUGGCCUUGUCUAACUUUUAAGAAGAACUAUUUUAUUCUAAACAGGCUCAUUACAAAUGGUUACCUUGUUAUUUAACCCAUUUGUCUCUACUUUUCCCUGUACUUUUCCCAUUUGUAAUUUGUAAAACGUUCUCUUACGAUCACCAUGUAUUUUGUAAAUAAUAAAAUAGUAUCUGUUAAA